AUGGACCAUGGCAACCACAAUGACACGAAUGCCAUCCAGGUUGCCGCGGUGAGUAGCGGGGGAGGAGCGCAGUCAAUGUCUCGUCAACUCCUAAUCGCCAAAGGUGACGGCGAGAGGAGAGGACUCGAGGUUCGCAAAAAGCUAGAGGAAGAAAGGGAGGAUACGAACACAAGAGACCGCGAAAAUCGAAUUGUUCAUUCGGAUGAUCGCGAUAUAACGCAACUGGAGAUGUGGUAUCAGGUCAUGGCUCAUAAAUGGAGAAAAGAAGACCUCCUCUUCGUCCCGUUCAGGAGAGAGUAA